GCACACGGCCUCCAGCACUGACCAGCGGACAACAUGGCUUGCAAGGUGAUAGUUUUCGUGGCAGCUCUGUCGCUGGCCCACGCCGGCUACCUGGGCGCCCCUGCAGUCCUAGCCCCCGCCGCCCCUAUCGCUAGGGCCUACGCCCCCGCUAUCGCCGCCGCCCCCAUCGCAAGGGCAUAUGCUCCAGCUAUCGCUGCCGCCCCUAUCGCCAGAGCUUAUGCUCCAGCCAUCGCAGCCGCCCCCGCAAUCCGCGCCGCCCCCGUGGCCGUGGCCGCCGCCGCCCCCGCCGCCGUCGCUGCCGAGUACGACCCGCACCCCGAGUACAGCUUCGCCUACAACGUGCAGGACGCGCUGACGGGCGACUCCAAGAGCCAGCACGAGAGCCGCAGCGGUGACGUCGUCCAGGGCAGCUACAGCCUGGCCGAGCCCGACGGCUCCAUCCGCACCGUCGACUACACCGCCGACCCCGUCAACGGCUUCAACGCCGUCGUGCACAAGGAGGCCGGCGCCCACCCCGCCGUUGCCGCCGCCCCCGCCCGUGUGGCCGUCGCCGCCCCCGCCAUCGCCGCCGCCCCAGCGCUGGCGUACGGUGCCGGCCUCGGCUACGGUUACGCUAGAGCAGCCUACGCUGCCCCCGCCAUUGCCGCCGCCCCCAUUGCUAGGGCAGCCUACGCUGCCCCCGCCAUCGCUGCUGCCCCUAUCGCCAGGGCUGCCUAUGCCGCCCCCAUCGCUAGGGCGGCCAUUGCUGGACCCGCUCUGGCAUAUGGAGGAUACGGAUACGGUGGUUUGGGAUAUGGCAAGGCUAUUCUUGGGAGAGUAAAUCCACCGCCAUCACAUGUUUCAUGUUGUACAACUGUUUUAGUAGCUUAUUUUAUUCAUUCUCCUAAACCCCAGUACGCGCAACACAGUGAACGAUUCAGUGUGUGGGACCGCAAUAACACUACCGGCUCCUACACGCAGACGGGAAAUGUCUCAUUCCACUGCGCAUGUUCCACGUACCGGCAGUGUAUUUGUAAGGUGAUAAUUUUCGUGGCAGCUCUGUCGCUGGCCCAUGCCGGUUACCUGGGCGCACCUGCAGUCCUCGCCCCCUCCGCCCCCAUCGCUAGGGCCUACGCCCCCGCUAUCGCCGCCGCCCCCAUCGCAAGGGCAUAUGCCCCAGCCAUUGCUGCCGCACCUAUCGCCAGAGCUUACGCCCCAACGAUCGCAGCCGCCCCCGCCAUUCGUGCCGCCCCCGUGGCCGUGGCCGCCGCCGCCCCCGCCGCCGUCGCUGCCGAGUACGACCCGCACCCCGAGUACAGCUUCGCCUACAACGUCCAGGACGCGCUGACGGGCGACUCCAAGAGCCAGCACGAGAGCCGCAGCGGUGACGUCGUCCAGGGCAGCUACAGCCUGGCCGAGCCCGACGGCUCCAUCCGCACCGUCGACUACACUGCCGACCCCGUGAACGGCUUCAACGCCGUCGUGCACAAGGAGGCCGGCGCCCACCCUGCCGUUGCCGCCGCCCCCGCCCGUGUGGCCGUCGCCGCCCCCGCCAUCGCCGCGGCCCCGGCGAUCGCUGCCGCCCCCGCCAUCGCCGCCGCCCCAGCGCUGGCGUACGGUGCCGGCCUCGGCUACGGUUAUGCUAGAGCAGCCUACGCCGCCCCAGCCAUUGCCGCCGCCCCCAUUGCUAGGGCAGCCUACGCCGCCCCCGCCAUCGCCGCUGCCCCCGUCGCCAGAGUCGCCUACGCUGCCCCCAUUGCUAGGACUGCCAUUGCUGGGCCCGCACUGGCGUAUGGAGGAUACGGAUAUGGCGGAUUGGGAUAUGGCAAGGCUAUUCUUGGUUAAACCCCUUUGUACAAACUAUUCAUUCCGUUUUCGUGAAUGUUUCUAUUAUCAUACACUUCCUGUGUUACAAACUCUUCUAUGUAAAUAAAUCGCUAUUCACCAUAA